AUGCUGGCUCAGUGUUCGGAAGUCUUACCGGAUGGGUUGAGCCUUCUGCCCGAUGACAUCCUUAUUUACAAUAUCCUGUCGCUCUUACCAACGGAAGAAGCAGCAAGAACUAGUAUCCUGGCACGUAGAUGGAGGUUUCUCUGGUUGUACGUUCCAAGCUUGGAUUUGGACGCCUCUAGAAAGGUUGCACGGACUCAUACUAUCGAAAAAGGAAAAAAGAUAGGCGGCAGAGUGGCCUCCAAGUAUGUCGAGUGGGUGGACCGAGUCAUCGGCACUUACAGGGGUUCGGCUGCUCUAAGUCGCUUCUGUGUUCGCUUUUGCCUGGACGAUACCUUCUCACACAAAAUCGACUCCUGGCUUAACUUCGCCCUAGGGAAGGGAGUGCAGGUGCUUGAGCUUGACUGCUGUCAGGGAGCAUCAUUGGACAAAAACCGGUACACAUUCCCCUCGAUGCAGCCCCAUCUAUUUCCCAACCUUAGAUUACUAAAAUCCCUCUCCCUUAAGGACGUAUACAUAACUACUGAUUCUCUGGAUCAUCUCUUGCUGGAGUGUGAGUUCCUCGAGAGACUUCACCUUCAACAUGUGAGAUCUGCAAACAAAGACUUGCAAUUGCAGGUCAAUGUCACUGGUCCCAUGUCCAGAUUGAAAUACAUAGAUAUAUCGGAGUACCAUUCUCCCGUGAGCUCGAUCAUGAUAUCAGCCCCUACUCCUGACCUGGUUUCGUUCAAAUACUCGCAUGGCGAGGGGGGGAAGAUGUUGCACGUCGAGCAUGCACCACGGCUUGUUGAUAUGCUCAUCAGUGGAUUCCACGAGGGUUUCGAUCUUCUUUCCCACCCCCUGUUUCGCUACAUUUCCCAGCUCCAAUCCCUUCGCCUGGACAUACGCUUUUGGGAUACGGUGUAUCGCCAGUUCGGGAAAUGGUCAAUCAUAAGCGAGGAGUCUGCUCAUUUGCAUCAUCAAAAUCUACGGGUGAUUGAGUUUGUACGGUUUACUGGGCGCAAGAUCGAUUAUGGGCUUGCAGAAUAUCUGAUCAGGGUUGUUGUAUCACUUGAAAAGCUUACCGUCGAUUGUCGUAACCCAUUAGUCGAUGAGGGAUUGCCCUGCCAUCUUCAUAUAAACAGAGUAACGGAGUGGAAAAAGCGUCUCCUCGAGUUCAACCAAACACUACCGUCCGAGCUUACGCAAAUGGUACCAUCAAAGGUGGAGCUGGAUGUUAUCCUCCCAUUUCAAGCAAAUAUUGAUAUUGGCAUAUAG